AAAGAGAAGAAAAAAAGAAUCAUCAUCUCUAAUUGCCUUAAAUUUAUACCUAUGCACUCGUAUGUCUGUUAAUAUUAAAUUGAUUUAUUGCGAAACAUUAAAAUAUCCUAACGCUAAAUUAUACGAUUGUCUCAUUAUCUUUAGCAGUAUGGGUCCCUCUAUUUUCUUGGAAGAAUAAAAACGUUUAUCUCGAUGAUAAUAAAGUAUACGAGUGUCAAAUAUAUUCAGUUACAUUUACAGAAACAUGCCAUGUUUGCUUGUAAAUUUACAUGCUACUAACGCAAGCAAAUAUAAUUGUAAGACAGACUAUAAUUUGUAAAUACACUCUGACUACUUUGCAAAAUGAGGAAAGAGAUAGAGUAUGUAGCUAAUCGAAUUGCGAACGUUGGGAGCGACAGCUUGGAAAACAAUAAUUGACGGUACUUCUCAGGGAUAUGGCCGUGACAUCGGAUAUAACAAGAGACUCAUUGGCUUGUGCUCUUUACAAUGCUGUUAACCUACUUCCCUAGUCGUUAAUCUAUUUUUCUUCCGUUGUUCUUCCUCUGUUCAUCACUUUCGAAAGUAAAAUCGUCGGCGCGUAAUCCGCGCAUAACAAAGUUGGGUUGUCGAGGCAAGGUUUUUGAGAAUCACGUAUACGCGGAGUUUAAAUGUAAUUCCUCGUGUCUUACAGAAGGAAGCAUUUCGUUAUGCCAAUGAAUCGACGAAAUUGUGAAAUGUGUGGUAAUUCCAGGCGCAAGUACGCGUCGAAAUUUUGCAAUCGAGGCUGAAGAUGUGAUUGCAACCGAGGUUUGAAGAAAAGGACUUCGAGAUGUCUCGAACAACGCGAUCGACAAACCUUGUCCCUCUUUUAUUCUUUCUUUUUUGUCUUAUUAUUAUCGAGCGAACAUCAAGAUGGAUAUUUCCAUUGGAACGAGCUGAUGACGAAAUGCGGCUCGUAAAAUCGGUAUUCUUCGACCGGACGCGCUAUAAUUUUCAUUCUCCGUGCUCCGAAUUGGCUAGCUCUUCUAUCGGCCGAACGUUCGUGUAAGUCGAUGAUGUCUCGACAUGGAUGGUGUCCCCCUGAACUUUCACUCUGUACUUUGUUACGUCCGCCAAUCUCCGGUGAUUCGCGAAAUCACCGAUAUUUAUAUUGCUGGAAAGAAAGGGCCUUUCUUAAGACGGUCUGUGACGGACAAUGUCGUCAUAACCUUGUCGAAGAAAAUGUUUAUGAUUCGAAGACAUUAUCUUCGACGAUUAUAGUCGAAUAGUCGAAUGGAACAAGAAUGUGAUGAACAUAAUUGCUUUUUCGACGGUAUGUUCGAGAAUUACGUCAAUGGGAGUUCGCAUUGGAGAAUUCAAUGCUGUCUACGCAUUUGGCAAGCAUACUCCUCGUGUGUCGCAACUCUGAGACACGAGUAUACUGGGACUGCACGGCCGACUGGCUGCAUCUAUCCGACCGGUUUUCUUACCUGACCGACGGCAAUACUUCUAAACGGAGGGAAUAUCGGGCCUAGGAAUGCCUCUCACUCGGGCUUUACGCUGCGAAAGGGAGAAUUGUCUUUGAGUUGAAACCGAUGGAUCUGUUACGAAAUCCGAUCAUACAAAAGCCACGCACAACAAGAAAUAUAAAUGCAGCUACCGGAAUGGGCCAUCGUAAUAUACGAUCUUCUACUUUUUACGGGGAUGGCGAUUAUUUACAUAAGCGAAGCUAUUAUUUUGACGUUUAUUCCGCGACGUUAUCGCGUAAAGGCUGUGAAAGGUGAGAUCGCCCUAAUAACGGGAGGUGCAGGAGGAAUUGGACGUUUGAUCGCAAUUAAACUGGCAAAUCUUGGAGCACACGUUGUUAUCUGGGAUAUUAAUAAAACUGGGCUUAAGGAUACAGUCCAAGAGAUUAGACGCAGUGGAGGAAAAUGUUGGGGUUACUAUUGCGACAUCACCAGUAGGGAAGAAGUUUACAGAAUGGCAAAAAUAGUGCAGAUCGAAGUUGGCUCAGUAACAUUAUUGAUAAAUAAUGCAGGUUACGUAUAUGGAAAAACGCUUUGGGAAUUACCAGAUGAUGAGAUUAUACGUACUUACAAAGUGAACAUCCUAUCCCACUAUUGGAUUACCAAAGCAUUCAUGAGGGAUAUGAUGAAAAAUAAUCACGGUCAUAUUGUAACUGUAGCAAGCGUGGCAGGACUUCUAGGGACCUAUAAUUGUACUGAUUAUUCGGCGACUAAAUUUGCGGCUAUCGGUUACCAUGAGAGUCUCUUCACUGAACUUAAAGCUCACGAAUACGAUGGAAUUCACACCACUUUAGUUUGCCCCUAUUUUAUAAAUACGGGUAUGUUCCACGGGGUAAAGCCAAGACUGAUGCCAAUGUUAGAACCUGAGUAUGUUGCGCAAGAAAUUGUAUCUGGAAUAUUAUUAAAUCAAGUAAUCGUUGUAUUACCUGGAUCAGUUAGAUACCUCCUGCCGUUGAAAUGCUUAUUGCCAGCAAAAUUAUGCUGGGCAUUAAUGUAUCAUAUCAUACAAGGACCACAGUCUAUGAUGAUGUUCAAAGGAAGGGGGGAAAUACAAGCAUUGAAGAAUAACAAUAACGUUGCAAUAACGCUAAAAGAAACUGUACAUUAAU